AUGUUAAACUUCAUUAAACAUACCUUUGACACGAUAUUCGUUUUUGAAUUCGCAAAAGUGGACUUCAACGACCCCAAGGACACAAAGUCUUACUCCGAUGCGCUAAAGGUCGAUCCCAAUUCUAUUAUCACGACUUCAAUUGAUACAGUUCCCGUGACUGUUGAAAGAAAGCCGUAUCAGCCGGGAGUUGACAAGCCUCGACUGGCCCAUGCAGGAGUUGCGAGAGCCAAUCUUGCUGCUACUCACGAGCGUCCUGAGGGAACGACAGAGAAUGACUGGGCUCAACGGCACCAGGAUCAAACUGAUCACGAUGGAGUGAUCUGGCCAAUUGACACCCUCAGAGGCUUCUAUCAACUAGGCUACGGAAUCAUUUUAUCCGUAGUCUCCGUCUUGGUUAUCCAUGGGAACUUCUCGUAUCCAACACAAUCCUCGCUCCUCCCCGAUCCUUUCUUCCGAAUCCACAUCGACAACAUUCACAAGGAUAAGCAUGGCAGUGACACUGGAACCUACGAUACUGAAGGACGCUUCAUUCCACAGAAGUUCGAAGACAUGUUCUCCAAGUAUACAGAGGGUCGAGACUACCUGACGAUAUGGGACGUGAGCAAUUUAAUGAAGGGUCAGCGGCUGAUCGCUGAUCCCAUUGGAUGGGGCGGCGCCUUCUUCGAAUGGAUGGCGACUUACAUCUUGCUUUGGCCGGAUGAUGGGCGUAUGAUGAAGGAGGAUAUCAGAGGGAUCUAUGAUGGGAGCCUGUUUUAUAAUGUCGCCGCUCGACGAGUCUCAAAGUAG